UUGGUCACAUGACAGACGGGAAACAUGAAACCUGACGAUGCGCUCGGGCAAGUUUUGCUUCUGCUCGCCCGACACGCGAGGACGCGCCUAAGGUGCCUGCUCGGGUAGGGGGCGAAGAAGCCCCCGGGAAAAGCAGCCUGGUUCGCCCUCCGAUCAGCUGCAAGGGAGCCUAAGGAGCGGCGGCUGUCCUUGGGGCUCGGAUGCCCGCGGCUCCCAGGCCGACGGAGGACAGCAUGGACAAGUUCAAUAAAAUCACUGUGCCGGCAGGACAGAAGCUCAGGCAACUUCAAAAGAUAAUGCAUGACAUCAAGAAAAAUGAUAGUGGAAUAAUGAGCAAGUUCAAAAAGUUCCAAAAUGAACAAGUGGCCCUAAUAUGCAAAACUGGAAAAAAUACUUGGGAUCGGCUAACAAGUAAACCACCACCAAGCGUACCACCAGUAGACUAUGUACCAGAGCCUGAUGACGAUCAAUGGUCAGAUGAUUUUGAAAAUAGUGAUUAUGAGAAUCCUGAUGAUCCCGAUUCAGACACGUACGUGGUUCCCAAUGGAGACAAUGGUGAUGACAGCUAUGAGCCCCCUCCAAGCGAGAAGGAGAACAAGAAGAUUCCUGCAGCGUUCUCAAUUUCCAGAGGAGAAUACGCAGACAACCGAUCUAGCCAACAGCCACCUCAGCCUAUUGCCAAGCUACUCCCUACUCUGCCAGGCCAACCUUCAUCUAAACCAAAGAUACUGGCCUCUUUGCCACCUCCGUCUCUUCCUCUGAAGCCAAAAAUCCCUCUGAAACAACAGGAAUGCACUGAUAAUGAGGCAGAUUAUGUGGUACCUGUUGAUGAUGAAGACGAAGAUGACAAUUACAUUGAACCUACUGAAGAAAGCCCUCCGCAGCCUAUAAAGCCCCCAGCGGUGAACAGAGCUGUCAAGCCCACAGCAAAACUUGAUCCUUCCAGUUCUUCAGUGCUGCCUCCUGCUCCUGAGUCGCCUUCCAUGCUAGAUGUCUACGAAAUUCCUGAGGAAGAGGAAAAAUCAUCACCUCCCUUAACCAGGAUUUCCAAACCACUUCCCCCAAAGCCUGUUCAGAGAGCAGGAGGACAUUCUCACGUACAUAACACAGCCAAAGAAUUGUUGAAGCCGGAUAUGUCCAGAAACUUUUUGCCUCCUCCUAGAAACCGCCAUCAGCUGAAAUUCGAUCCUGAUGACUUUGAAGUGCAAAGUGAUGAAAGUCACAACAGCAAUGGAACUCAAGAAUCCAAAUUUCCUUCUGGUGCAGUACCAUCUCCAUUACCAAGGGUCAUGAAAAAAACACCAAAUCCAGCAAUUCCCUCAAAACCAAGCCUGCCUGGUAGAGACCACCCAACUAUGAAUGAAGAUAGACCUAUACCAGCUGAACGUCGACAGGGUUCUAACCACGAUCUUCCUCUUCCACCAAUACCAUCUAAUAUCCAUAAACCACUGCUACAAAAGCCACCUUUCUCUCUAAGAUCACCAGAUCCCCUGAAUCGCAGCUUAGCUACUCCACGCAGUAGGAUUUCUAGUACAACAGAACAGGACCCUAGUAUUCAUGGUAAAGCGUGGUUUACGGCUUCCAGUGAUCGAAAAAUAGCUGAGGAUGCAUUAUACAGAUCAAACAAGGAUGGAUCUUUCCUAGUAAGAAAAAGUUCUGGACAAGACUCAAAGCAACCAUAUACACUAGUUGUAUUCUACAACAAACGAGUAUAUAACAUCCCUAUUAGGUUUAUUGAGUCAACCAGACAGUAUGCCCUAGGCAGAGAAAAAAGUGGCGAGGAGCGCUUCGACAGCGUGACAGAAAUAAUAGAAAAUCACCAGCGAAAUUCUCUCGUUCUCAUUGACAGUCAAAACAACACCAAAGACUCUACCAAACUAAAAUUUAUUACUAGAGUUUAAAGGUUGCAUUAAGAACUCAAUAUGGAAAAUAUUGUUGGCCUCUUUCUUCUUCUGACACAAUUCAAGACCAAGCAUUUGGACAAGAAUCUAAACCUAUGAUUAGGAGACUUUCUCCAGAAGCUUUACCAGCAAGAGCCACUUUUUAAAAUAAAACCACACAAUUUUAUAAGAGAACCAGGGUUAAUUUGAUGUUGUGACUUCAGUAACGAUGUAGGUGUUCCAAAUUCAUACUUGAGCAGUUAUAUACUUGAAAUUUAUUUUUUCUCAAGACUUCAGAGAGAAACAGAAUACUCCCUGUUCGAAUGGAAUUGUUUAAUACGUUUGUAGGGAUUGUACCUUCCAUAACAUUGUUGCUACUGUUCAUGUGAAGUUUAUAAAUUGGUCACUUGAGAAUAUCUAUGCCAAGAUAAGCUGCUCCUUAUAAGUUAAAGAUAGGUUUGUCAGGACAGAAAUCCAAAAGACAACUCAGAAUUUCAGUAUGAUGUAAUCAAUUUCAUAAUAGUAUCAGUUGUAUUUGUUGGAACAAUUGUUACAUGGUUUGUUUUUAUUAAAAGAACAUGUAAAUAUAUUAAAAGAACUAAAUUUCUGUUACCGUGAUUUGA